AUGCUCACACGUACUGGUGAAGCUGAAACAAUUACAACACAUUAUUUGUUUGCAUUGGGUGCAUAUCGCGCCUUGUACCUUUUAAAUUGGAUUUAUCGAUUCUUUAGCGAAGGUUACGUUGAUUAUAUUGUGUGGGUUGCUGGUGCUAUACAAACAGCUCUAUAUAGUGAUUUCUUUUACGUAUAUUACACAAAAGUAUUACAUGGGAAAAAAUUUGAAAUACCUCAUAGUAAAGUUAGUAUUUUUACAACUGGGAGAGAUUGUAUCACAUGGUAUGAUAUAUUGCAGGAACAUCGCAAAAUGAUCACGCGAGCAUUAGCGCAGUAUGUAUUCACAACGUGGCUUCUACGUGGCCUGUUACGUGACACAUAUGAAAUAGUUAAGAAACUUUUGGGUUUGUCUUUGGUGAAAUCAAAACUUAGCGUACACUUUUUCCUUAAAAUGGCUGUGCCUCCUGCCUAUAUUCAAAUCCUGCACGAUCUCAAUCGUGAGGUCGCUCAGGCUCAACCGAAAGAUGUACACCAAUUUUGUGCUAAUUAUUUUAAUAGGAAACUCGAAGAACAGAGGAGUCGAUUUAUACCAAAUGGAGAUUCCGAAAUAAAUCUUCAUCAUUACAACUUCACCGCACCAAUAAAUAACGGCACGAGUUCAUGGAGUUAUUAUUCAUCAAAGUCAUCUGGUGCAAGCACACCGACCACACCGACAACAGAUUAUUUACAUGAUAGCGAGGAGGAAAUGUAUGAUGACGCGCCGAGUGAUCUCCCUACAAUCCCAAUAAAUUAUAAUAGAGGACGGCGCACAUCGGUCAGUGCAGAAUCAAUGGCACCAGGUCAAGAAGAUUAUGUAAAAACUGUAAUUCCUAAAACUGAAGAACAACGACAACGAAUAGAAUCUUCUAUUGCCAAUAAUUUUCUAUUUAAGCAUCUCGAUGAAGAACAGUAUAAAGAUGUCGUGGAUGCGAUGGUAGAGAAAAGAGUUUCAAAAGGAGAAGAAAUUAUUAGACAAGGUGGUAUCGGUGAUUAUUUUUAUGUUGUGGAGACCGGUUCAUUCAACGUCUAUGUAUCAAAGAACGGUGCUCCGCCGGAACGGGUUAUGGAUUAUGGUCCAGGUGGCAGUUUUGGAGAAUUAGCAUUAAUGUAUAAUGCACCACGUGCAGCAACUGUAGUUGCCACAUCAGAUUCUGUGCUUUGGGCACUUGAUAGAGUAACGUUUAGAAGUAUUUUGAUGGAAAAUACUUCACGUAAACGUAGAAUGUAUGAAUCAUUUUUGGAGGAAGUUACCCUCUUGGUCUCUUUGGAACCGUAUGAACGUCAUAAAAUUGCCGAUGCCUUAGAAUCUUUAUACUUUGAGGAUGAUGAACUGGUGAUUAAACAAGGAGACAUCGGUAAUAGUUUCUAUCUCAUCGAAUCUGGCGAAGCCAGGGUUUCAAAGUUCGAUGAAGAUGGUACAGAAUUUGAAUUACCUGGAUUGAGGAAAGGCGACUAUUUUGGAGAACUCGCCCUUCUUACUAAUAAACCUCGCGCGGUAAAUAUUCGAGCAAAAGGUAGACUAAAGGUCGCAACAUUAAACAAAAAAGCUUUUGUUCGUUUGUUAGGACCUGUUGUCGAUAUUCUCAAACGUAACAGUGAUAAUUACGAGAAUAUUACUCGUAAUGUUCAACAAUAA